CUUCCUGUUCACGCGAGGGAGAGCCGCCGCCGCCCCGUCCCCUUCCAAACUCCUCUCUUCCCUGCCUCCCCUCGCGCCGCCGGCCAUCCUCCCCGUCCGCCGCCGCCACUGACCAGCCACAGCUGCGCUACCAUCCCCUCCCCUUACCUCGAUUCAGAUCCUCUCCUCUGCUCUUCUCUUGUUCCUUCUCUCCUGACCCCCUCACUUGUUUGUUCGAUCUAGAGCAGCAGCCACCCUCCAUGGACGAGGACGACCACCACAGCAACGACGGCGCCCCUCACAUGGUCGAGCUCGACGGAAGAGUGCUCGCCAUGGCCGCGUUCGUCUGCUCCGGUGUGGUGCAGCCGAGGUUGGCCAACGACGAGGUCGUUUACCACCGCCUCGAUGGCUCCUAGCGCGGGUAAACCGGUUUACAAUGCGGAGGUCCCUUCACACUACAGGAAAGUGACAAUCAGUAAAAGUUAAGGUCAGACUUUGGAGAAGGGCGUUAGAGGAUUUGAGUAGAGGCUGGCGAGUGGUGUCCACAGAUUGUACAGCGACCAAGCGGCGUGAAGAAUCAAUGUGGAUCUAUCAUUACCAUAUGGACUAGGACAUUCAAAAGGCAGUGACUGUUGCCUCUGCUGUAUCGACGACCCUGAUCAUGUUGGACAGAUAAAUAAGAUAUUACUACUCCCUCCGUUUCUAAAUAUUUGUCUUUCUAGAGAUUUCAAAUGGCUACCACAUACGGAUGUAUAUAGACAUAUUUUAGAGUGUAGAUUCACUCAUUUUGCUCCGUAUGUAGUCACUUGUUGAAACCUCUAGAAAGACAAAUAUUUAGGAACGGAGGGAGUAGAUGUGAAGGUUCGCCAUAACUUCUUAUUUUAUACCAAAAUCUAACAAGCUAAUUAUUAUUUCAUUGCUUUUAUUUCUUUCGCUGCAUACUCGUAUAAAUCUUGCUCUUUCUAAAGAAAUGCAGAAGUUUAUAUGUGCAUGCUUGACUAAAUAGAUAUUAGCCAAAUACAGGUUGGACAUGCUUCACUAUGAUAAGCGGUACCCAACUGAUUGUCGCCUCCAUAGCUUCCAUCAUGGACGACUGGGGUGGCGAACCAUGCCACUCAAGGCAUCACUUUUCAGUUGAUUGCCUUAGUCAUGUUUGAAGAUAGUGGCAAUUAGGUCUUUAUAUAAUGUUGUGAAACUAGCACAGAUGGUGAAACACUGUAGGGUGAUAUACUUAAUUUACCUGUAAUCUACUAAUUUUUAUUAGUUGUGAUACCAGUUAUAUAAAUCACAACUAAAUAAUUUUCUUAGUAUUUACUACCAUGUGCAAUCAUGAAUGCUAAUGAUAGUUUUUAAUUUGCGUGUAUAUUCUUUAUAUGAAUAAACCAUUUAGUCUCACCAAAAAAAUUGUAUGCUAUUGAAUUACUGGCUUUAUGGAUGUUACCCCCAAACAUACCCUUUGUCUUUUAUUUACUGUUGAAACAGUUUGUAUAUUUCUAUUGUUUCAUGCAUUUUUUCUAUAUCUAUGUAGUUCUUUCCUCUACAUGGACGGGCGCGGCAAUCGCACGCAUUUGUGAUCUAGGAUAAAUGCUUUUGCUUUAUCAUAGGCCACUAAACAUGCUAAGCUUGUGUGGCUGGAACACACGCUUAGCGGGAGAAGCACGAGGCGCUGCACCUCUGACCCUGUAGUGCUUGGCUCCAAUUCAUCAGGGAAGACGCCGACAAGCAUCAAGCUGCCCUUGGUGCUUCCUCGUCAUCAAGGAGGAGGACGUCAGGAAGCGCCGUCCUCAAGCCGUCACCACACCACAGAGAAGGACGAGGAUGUGAUGCUGCUCCUUCUUGUGGUGUAUGCGUCGGCGUGGCUUGCGGUAAUGAGGCAUAUCCACGUGGGCAAUGCUAUUUGAAGACCAUUCAUGUGAUUUAAAAGAGAAGAUGUCCAGAAUGUCUUAUGCUAUUUGAAGACCAUUCAUGUGAUUUAAAAGAGAAAAUGUCGGAGGUUGAAGAUGACGAUCAAAAGAUUGAUCCAUUAAGUGACUGCCAAGAUGCCAAUAAUGCUUGCCCCGUGCCAUUAGUCCAGAAUCUCAUCGAGCGCUGUCUCCAGCUGUAUAUGAACCAGAAAGAAGUGAUUGAUACCCUCUCCCUUGAGGCCAAGAUAGAACCGAGCUUUACUGAACUUGUUUGGCAAAAACUUGAGGAAGAGAACCGUGAGUUUUUUAAGGCAUACUAUUUGAGGCUGAUGCUUAAGAAUCAAAUAACGGCCUUCAACAAGCUUCUUGAGGAUCAGUUCCAGCUUAUGAACAAAGACUAUUCUUCGGGAAUCCCUUCUAUGCCUCUCACUAAUGGCUCCAACUCCACAACAUUGAAGCAAAACUCGUGCUUUUUACCAGAGUCUGGUCCCAUAUCUGCUAUGCCAAAUGGUGCGAUGCGCAACGGAAGUUCAGGUGGUUUAAUAAAUGGAACAUCAUCUGGUGAUCAGUCAAUUUAUGGUGGCAAAGACAUUCACGGUCCUCAUAGUGGUAUGGAUGCUUCAACCAGCGUGCUACCAGCCCAGAAUGCAUCUGCUUUGCUGUAUGGUGCAGAUAAUAAUGGUACAACAAUAAAGACAGAGUCAAGCUAUUCGAGCAACGCUGAUUUUGCUUUCUGUGGGAAUGCUUUCCUUGAAUCAUGCCAAUCAAUUGGCGAUGCCUCGGCUGGUUCCUUUAGCAGCUCAGAGUUGAACGGGCAACCACUGAAUGAUGCACUUUUGGAUAUGGAGUCAUCGUCAUUUGGCUUCUUGAGCCAGAUUCCCCGGAAUUUCAGUUUUUCAGACUUAACAGAGGGGUUCAACCAAAAUACAGAAGUAUUGGAGAAUUAUGGCAGGUCACCAUUUCUCUCAUCUGAGCCAAAUAACUUCUCAGAUUCUACAGGUGGAGAACAUACAGGCUGAGCAGCUACCCGCCAUUUUGUACAUAUUCAUGGAGAACUUGAGCAACUUUCGUGCUAGCCUUUUCCCUUGUCAGUUCCGCUGUCUUGUAAUGUAGAGUAUGGGAUGAGUUGUAACUUGAUCAAAAGAUGCAGCAGAUCUGGCCCCCGGUCGCUUGCCGAAGGUAUUGUAGUUGUGCCCUGCCUUGUACAUUGGUGUUGUGCUGUAAGAUCAGCAUUAGCAGCUGUGAUGUUAAAUUUGCUGGGUUAAUGGGUUAUGUUCUUGUCUGGCAUGUACAACAGAAGUUUAUUAAUUUCAAGUGAAUGCUGAAGUGAGAGUUUGAUUUGUGA